GCAGACUCCAGUCUCUUUUACUCACAGUCACAGCAGUGUCACAGUAGAGACAGAUAUUCUCAUUGAUACCUUGGUGGACAGCUGUGGAACAGCAUUUUGCUGAGGAGGCAAGCUCUUGGCUGUGAUAUUACAUUGCAGUCAUGGCGCCUAAGAAGAAGAAUGUCAAAAAGAACAAAGGAGAUAUCAAUGAGAUGACCAUAAUUGUGGAGGAUGGCCCCCUAAGUAAACUAAAUGGUUUGAAUGGACUCUUAGAUGGUGGGAAUGGUUUCAGCUGCAUUUCAACUGAGGUUUCUGAUUCGUCUUAUAGCCCAAAUCUCUUGGACGGUCUAAGUAGAAUGAGACAGGAAAAUUUUCUUUGUGACUUGACCAUUAGUACAAAAACCAAAUCCUUCAAUGUCCACAAGGUGGUGAUGGCUUCAUGCAGUGACUAUUUUCACAACAUCUUAAAGAAAGAUCCAUCCACUCAAAGAGUGGACCUCAAUGAUGUAUCUCCACUAGGCUUAGCCACUGUUAUCACCUAUGCCUACACUGGAAAACUUACUCUUUCACUGUAUACAAUAGGUAGUAUCAUUUCCACAGCAAUUUAUCUUCAGAUUCACACUCUUGUAAAGAUGUGCUGUGAUUUUUUGAUACAAGAAAUCAGUGUUGAGAACUGCAUGUACAUUGCCAAUAUUGCAGAGACAUAUGGACUAAAAAACACCAAAGAAGCAGCGCAGAAAUUUAUUAGAGACAACUUCAUUGAAUUUUCAGAAACAGAUCAGUUCUUAAAACUUACUUUUGAUCAGAUCAAUGAACUCCUUGCAGAUGACGACUUGCAGUUGCCUUCUGAAAUUCUUGCAUUCCAGAUUGCAAUAAAAUGGCUGGAAUUUGACCAAAAAAGAGUAAAGUAUGCUGCAGAUCUCUUAAGCAACAUUCGUUUUGGUACCAUCUCUGCUCAAGACCUGGUCAAUUACGUUCAAAAUGUACCAAGAAUGAUGCAAGAUGCUGACUGCCAUAGACUUCUAGUGGAUGCUAUGAACUAUCACUUGCUUCCAUAUCAUCAAAAUUCACUGCAAUCUAGAAGAACAAGGAUCCGUGGAGGUCUCCGAGUAUUAGUCACUGUUGGGGGACGCCCAGCACUAACAGAAAAAUCCCUUAGUAGAGACAUCUUAUACAGAGAUCCUGAAAAUGAAUGGAAGAAGCUUACUGAAAUGCCUGCUAAAAGUUUUAAUCAGUGUGUGACUGUGAUGGAUGGAUUUCUCUAUGUAGCUGGUGGUGAAGACCAGAAUGAUGCCAGAAACCAAGCCAAGCAUGCAGUCAGCAAUUUUUGCAGAUAUGAUCCUCGUUUCAACACAUGGAUUCACCUGGCAAAUAUGAAUCAGAAGCGUACACAUUUUAGCCUGAAUGUAUUCAAUGGCCUCCUUUUUGCAGUGGGUGGUCGGAACUCUGAUGGAUGUUUAUCCUCAGUUGAAUGCUAUGUGGCUGCAAUUAAUCAGUGGCAAAUGAAGGCCUCAUUAGAGGUAGCAAGGUGUUGCCAUGCUAGUGCAGUAACAGAUGGCAGGAUCUUGGUUACAGGAGGUUAUAUAAAUAAUGCUUACUCCCGCUCUGUGUGUAUGUAUGAUCCCAGCAAUGAUAGCUGGCAGGAUAAGUCAAGCCUUAGCACUCCAAGAGGAUGGCACUGCUCUGUGACCCUGGGGGAAAGGGUCUAUGUCAUGGGUGGGUCUCAACUGGGAGGUCGAGGUGAAAGGGUUGAUGUCCUCCCUGUUGAGUGUUUCAACCCUUACACUGGGCAAUGGAGCUAUGCUGCUCCCCUUCAAACUGGAGUAAGUACUUCAGGUGCUUCAACCCUUAAUGGGAAAAUUUACUUGGUGGGGGGCUGGAAUGAAAUAGAAAAGAAAUAUAAGAAGUGCAUUCAGUGCUACAAUCCAGAUCUUAAUGAAUGGACUGAAGAAGAUGAAUUGCCCGAAGCUACAGUAGGAGUAUCCUGUUGUACCAUUUCCAUGCCCAGUAACAAAACAAGGGAGUCCAGGGCUAGCUCAGUAUCUUCUGUGCCAGUCAGCAUUUAAACAUUGUAAUUAGAUAUAAGCCACAAUAAAUUAAAAUGUUUACCUACAUGGGUGUGCAGUUAACCCUUUAAAUAGCCUUUUGUGCCUACAUGGAAAAAUAUAUAAUUGACAUUAUAAUAAUUUUAAUGCUACAAAACAGCCCAGUUUUCAUGAUCUUUAAAAUAGCUGGUGUCAAACGAACAUAAUUAAGAUACAAUGAAUGUACUUAGUAGGAAGGGAGUGUUAUGCCAUGAGUGGAACAGUGACUAAUUUAUAUUCCUAGCUGUGCCACUGACAUGCUGCAGUACCUUUGGCCAUCACUUAAUUUAUUUGCAUCUAAUUUUCUCUAGCUGUAAAAUGGGGAUGCAAUUAGCUUCAAAUGGUCCUUCUGAGGCUUAUUCAAGUAACAUUCAAAAGUGCUUUUAGAUCCCUAAAUAAAAGGCUCCGUGGAGCCAAAUAUUAUUGCCAGUAAAUCUCAAUAUAUAUUGGGAAUGCACCGUGUCAUCUUAAAAAUUAGCCAGUUUUGUUUAUUUUUAUGAAUUGUAUAUUUUGUGAAAGAGAUUUUACAAAAAACUAUUGAACAUAGCAAAUAGAAAAUAUAUGCUCCCUUACCCCCCACCACUUCACAGCAGUGAAGUCAUCAAACUUUUUCCUCUCAGAAGUUAGAAAAUGUUUUCUAUGAUUUAGAUUGCAACCAUUUAAUGUUCAUAGGUAGGGCUAUGGCAAGGAUUUCAAGAGCGAAAUUGCACUGUCUGUUAUGGGCCAAUCCUAAGGGCUCUGCCUCAGGGCAUCUGACUCCUGCUUGCCCUAUCUUCUGUCCAGAUAUCUAUGAGCAAAAAGAAAAGGAGGAGAGUCCUCCUUCAUUAGUUGCUCAAUGGUAUCCUUCCCAGUCUGCAGAGGUGAUAGUCCAGCAGAGAGAGAAAGGGAAGAUCACCCUAAUCUCACAGCUGCUCCCUUCAUAGAAACACACUCCUAGUUAUUGUACCCCAAGAGUAUCGUCUGUGCUCUGAAGCCUAUCACCAAUGUGCAGCAGUUUCCAAGCUUUUUCCAGUCAAGACCUGGAUUACAGUCAGACAAUUUCAUGCUACCCCAUACAAUCUGUAACUGCUGCUUGUGUGUGCAAGACAGAGUGAAACCAAUACAACUAACACAGAGAUAAUUGUUCUAGUUUUGCUUUCUUUUGACUGAAACAGUUGCAGUCACUGGAGUAUUUAUUGAGGCACAGGCCAUAUCUACAUGAGAUGCUGACUGAGCAGUUGUUACUGCAUAAUCAUUUAGUACUGGCAUAACCAAGUACUAAAUGACUGCACAGUAACCGACAUUACAGCACAGUAGCAUCCCUGCAUGGCUUUGUGGUGAAGUUGAUUGCACACCAGCUCGUUACUACUGUGCAGCAGCAUUGUGUCACGGUUCAUGCCCCAUGACACUACUGUGCACUAGUAACGAGCUACUGUGCAGUAAGAGUUUUGUGUAGACGUGGCCACAGUAAAACUUUGCCUUCUGUUAAUUCAGGACACCUACACCUACAGAAUAGUUGUAGGUUCAGAGUAAAUAGUGGCUCAUUACCAUUCUUAGUCCUGUUUUGAUUGCACUUGAGGUCAUAACUCCUUGUUUGGGAAUUGCUGUCAUUUAGGGUUUCAGGAGAGGGAGCAACAGAGAACAUUUGGAAGCAGCACUACUUGCUGGAGGCAAGAGGGACUACGGGUGCCAGGAGCAGAGCAAUAGAAAACAUUUUCUCUUCUCAAUCCUUUUAUCCUAUAAGUUGCUAUUUGACUGAUAAGUAAGUAAUGAGUAAAUGCUGCAGAAUUUUGCAUAAAAGCAUCGGUUGUGUGUACGUAUGUGUGUGUGUGUAUAUAUAUAUAUGGGAAAUAGUAAAUCAUAUAUGACAGCUCUGAAAUAUUAAUAUUGGUAUUACUAUAUCAAUAUUAUUAACAGUAAGAUGUUCAUACUUGUCUUGCCAGGCACACACACAAUGUCAUUAACACUAACUUCUUCCUGGCCUUACUAAUGAGUAUGUGGCCUUGAUCACAGGCUUUUUAUUAUGUGACUUUCCCUUUUACCAGACUGAUAAAAUCCUUUUGCCCAUGAAGUCAAUGGGAGUUUUGCCAUGGACUUCAAUGGGAUCAGGAUGUUAUCUUUAGUCCCUCAAAUUAUGCUUUAUUUCAGCACUGUGCAUGGGGAAGUAAAUAUGUAAUGUCUGCUAUUUCCAUUGCCAGUGAGACGUGAACCUAUUUUCCCGGGUAAUCUCUAGAAUUUACACCUUUAUUAUUAAUAAAGAUUUGCAUACCAUUCACUCUUGGGGCAAGAAGCACUAAAAUUAACUAAAAUGACUAGAUAGAUCCAAAUUUGUAAAACUCACUCCUUUUAAAAGAGUUAUUAAGCUUUUAUGGGUAACUUUCUCAAAACACAAUGAACCCCUCAAAGCUCAACAUCCACUGAAAGGCCAAAAGAGUUACUGAUCAACCAAAUAUACUUUACCCUGUUCACCAAAGAAAACUUUUAAAGCUAUAUGUAAAUGCAGACACUUUUAGGAAAAGCAUUUGCAGAACUCUUUUAUUAUGACUACCUUUUGGCAAGUAGAGUUACAUAUUAAGCAUUGGCAAUGAUGAUAUAGUGUCCAAAAUUAAACCAACUCAACUGGGAUUAUCUCAGUUUUACGUGUUCUUCUUUCCCAUUAGUUCUAAUCUAUACAAAGAUUGUUAGAAUAUUUUAAAUGAUUUUAAAUCCCCAGAUUCUAUUCUGAAUGCUGUAUAUUAUUAGAUUAGACUACACUAAAAUGAAUUUCGUCAAAAGCCUACUGUCAGUAUUGGCUAAUUUAAUUUUAAUGUCAUUACGUUCACUCUUUAUAUUGUAUAAUUUAAAUGAAUAACAACUCAGAUCCAGACCUAUUUAAUUCAACAUAACAUACUUUCGAGUAACUGAAUAACAUUUUCUCAUUUUAAUAUAAAAAUUCUGUGUUUCUCCACUUCAGUCAAGCAGGAACUUUCUCUAGGAUUAUUUGCAUUUUUUUUCUUCUCAAAAUCAUGAACACACAUUCCACAUGAAAAAUCUAAAAGGCCCUUUGAGAAUUCUGUUUUCUUUGGUAAUUUUGUAUAAAGCUUACAAUUAUCCUUUUAUUAAAGUAGCUAUUAUUUAUCCAUGCCAAUGCAUAUAAUAUAUAUACACAAGCAUUCAUAGACUUAUUCUAGAUAAGUAUAAAGGGUUUUUUUUAAAGCAUCUAUCACCCUAGUUGGUAAAUAUAUUAAAAUCACCCAUAACUAAUUUUUCUCAAAAGGUGCAGCUACACGAGACACUACUGAGCAGUUAUUACUAUGCAUUUAUUUAGUACUUAUAUUAGCAAGUACUAAAUAAAUGUGCAGUAACACCAGCACUGGUGAAUGUCUUUUAGGUGACACUACUGUGCAGUAGUCUAAUAAUACUGUGCAGUAGUAUAUUAGCACUGUCCAUGCUGUGACACACUACUUCAAAGUAUUUUUCAGCUACUGUGUAGUCAGAGUCUUGUGUAGACAUGCUGAACUUGUGCUUGGGAGAAAAUUGUGCCAUGUAAAACUUUCUCUUUUUUUUUUUUUAUCAAUUCCAUAACUAUAUGAAUAAUAAAAUGUAGUGAGUUGUUGCAAAGUUUCCUCUCUAAUGAACGUAUAUUACAUGUUGUGGAACAAUUUUUUUAUCAUUGUCCCUAUAGUAUUUUUAAUCCCCAAAAUAUUUAAAUAGUAACAGCUUGGUUGGAACUGGAAACAUUGUAUGUUCUUGCAGCAUGCGUUUAGGGUACCCCUGCACACUGAGCCAGAAUUUGGCCCUUAACAUAUGAAAAUGUAAAGCUGACUUUAAUUUCAUCUUGGCUUUGUUAAGUAUCACAUCCAUGGAUAAACAGUGAUAUGAUUUCCCUUUUUAUAGAAAUUGAUUUAUGAAUUAUAGAUUAAGUGCAAUGGAACUACUCUGUAUGACUUGAAGGGUUAAAUUUUUGAGGCUAAAUCCUGUUCAUCUUAUUAAGUUGGAAUUCUGAAUGAGGGAAAUGGGAUUUAGCACUUUGGGCCACAUUCUGGCAAAGUAAUACAUGUUGAUGCCUUCCAAAAAUUAUCUGUGCCCCAAAAAGAGAGAGAACCUUCUCAGUGUUUGGCCUAUGAGCUCUCCACAAAAUCCAUUAAGUUGUGUUCUGUAGUAUGGGUCAAGGGACAUCAUUCAUCUGUCCCAUGACACAGCCAUUGCCCUUUUUAUGAUAUCCUUCUAUUGCAUAAAUUGUAUGUACUUCAGGGCAAAAUAAAUAGUAGGUACCGGUACACGUUUAGGGCUUGCGAUUACCCAAAUAUCUCAGUUUUGCUCUUGCAGCAUGUAUUUAGGGUGCAACUGCACACUGAGCCAGAAUUUGGCCCUUAGGAUAUGGCUUUACUUUCAUCUUGCUCCUGUUAGGUAUCAAUUACUUACAUAAUCAUGACAUUUUUGUUUAAAAUACCCUUUUUCAUUAGAACUGUGAAAGUCUGUACAUUACACGUUGUGGAACAAUUUUCUAUCAUUGUCCCAAUAGUAUUUUUAGUCCCAAAACAUUUAAUAGUACCAGCUUGGUUGGAACUGGAAACAUUAUAUGUUCCAAAAAAGAAUGUUCUGUGUAGUUUAGGAAGUGCAAGGGGAGGAUAACAGUAUUUUAAAAAAUAAUACAGGAAUUCUUCCAUCUGAGUAAGAUACAGAUUGCAAACUUAUACAAUAUCAGAUGGACUUGCUUUAGUAUUGUAGUAAUAAAAAAUGUAAUUAAAGUAACCAGAUGAGCUUUAAUGUUCUAUGUACCGAGUCCACAUUGCUAGUGUCCGCACUUCCAAAGAACUUAAAAAUAAUCUUCCUCCACACUCUGUAAAUGGAGCCGUGUGAUUAGCCUACAGAUUUUGUUUGUUUUAUGUUUGCACAGUUGUGUGAGAGGGUGCGCUAUGGUAUUGUAUGAGAAGAACUUCCCAUGGGAAAACUUGGCUAAGGAGAGAAUUUGCAUGUAGUUCUUAUGAUGAAUAGGCCAGGGUUAUUUUAUCUCUUCCUGUACAGACCUGUCAAAUGAAGUGCUGAGUAUGGUCAUGUCUGAGUCUAGUAGGUUGAGGUGCUGACUUCUAGCCAGCCAAAGAAGGGACUGAUCUUCCUGACAGCUACAAGAACUUUAAUAAGAUAUGAUUUUAAAUUAACAGUUGUCACUAGCAAAAGUAAAUUAAGAAUGAAAACUGCUGAAUAGGGACUACCUUUAAGUCAUAUUGAAAACCAUAUUAAUUGAUAUCCUGAUCUUGCAGUCCUAACUCUGAUUUCAGAGGGAAUUUUCACCUUAGUAACAGCUGAAGUUUUGAGCCUCAAGGACCAAAUUCAGCAAUCACACAGAUACCUAUAUGCAUAGAAUGGGACUGUUCAUAUAGGUAAGUAAUGUAAAUGCGCAGGUGUUUGCAUAUUCAAAGCCCAAAGGAUGUGGGUACCUAAAUGUACUAUUUAGGCACCAUUGCAGUCUAUAUUCAUCUGUCCCCUGUGCUUGCAGUCUACAUUCAUCUGUCCCCUGUCCAAGAGCCACUCUAAUUAAAGUGCCUUCAGUGUCUUGUGUAUCAGCAUCCCUGUGCUUCAAAAUGGUGGCGGGGGUGCUUUAACUAAAGCUUGUCGAACUAGCUUUAGUUAAA